AUGGCGGCCGCGCUGGAGUGCUGGUCGAGCCGCGCGAGCACGGAAGAGGACAUGGUGGAGCAGGCCGUGCUGAUGAGGACGGAGGACAGAUCGGAGGGGGUGAGCUCUUCGUUUUCGUCCGCGGAGAGCUCCGCCGCCGUCGCCGGAGUCAAGGAGUCGUCGGCGAUGCAGAAGAAGCUGCAGAGGCUGAGCAGGAACGUCUCCGAGGCAAUCGCGUCGCUGAAGAACUCGCUGAAUCUUGACUCGGCUACUGAGUCGCAAACGACGUCGUCUAAGAUCGAGAGCUAUAGGAAGGGGGUGUGGGGGAGCGUGGUGAGGAAUCUUACUCAGCUCUAUCCGGGGAGUCAGUUACCGGAGAAACUCGUCUCUAAUCUUCGCAAGCAUUAUGAUUCUCUUCCCCCCAGCUAUGCUCAGGCGGGGUUUGAGAUGAAAGAAGUGUUUCUUCAUAUAAAAUUGAUAGAGCAGGCGGCGGUGGAUGACUACCCUGCAAUGUUGAUUCAAGAAGUUUCGGAACAUGAAGCUCAAGGGUCUGUAUACAAGCUCACAUUUGCUUGUAACUCUGCGGUUUCGCGGCCGGUGAUGUCUGAUGCGCUUGAAACGGCAUCCAUUUGCUGUAAGAAGGUACAGAUCUUUGAGAAGAAAGGAUGUACUCUUGGCAUGGUUCUGCUUCUGGUUCAAGCGGGGCAGGAGAAGUUGUUCAGAAGUAGGGUGGAAAUUGCUUUGAAAUCGGCUAUAAAGAAGCCCAAAGCCAACACGGUGAAGCUCCCGUUUGGGCUGUGUGGGUGUCAGGAAGAGAGUACCAGGGGGAGAGAGGUGGGGGAGAUGGAGGAAGACAUUGGUGAACAAAAUUAUAGAAAUGGGAUUGAGAUCUCAAGUCAAAAGGUUCAGCUUCCGAAGCCCCUGCCGACUACGUCAGUUCUUGUGUCUGUAGAUGAAUGGCAGACAAUCCAGUCUGGCGGAGAUGAGAUAGGGAAGUGGCUAUUGAAUUCUGAUAGUCUUGACUUUGUUGACCAGACUGGACCCAAUUCGUUUAAGGGAGUUUACAAGGGCAAAAGGGUUGGAAUUGAGAAGCUAAAAGGGUGUGACAAGGGGAACUCUUAUGACUUUGAGCUCCGAAGAGAUCUCUUGGAGCUCAUGACAUUUGGGAACAAAAACAUUCUGCAGUUUUAUGGUGUUUGCAUUGAUGAGAAUCAUGGGUUGUGCGUUGUGACGAAGUUGAUGGAAGGUGGAUCGGUAUAUGACUUGAUGCUUAAAAGCAAGAAGAUUCAGACCAAGGAUGUAAUAAGGAUUGCCAUUGAUGUUGCAGAGGGGAUCAAGUUCAUGAAUGAUCAUGGCGUUGCAUAUAGAGACCUCAACACACAGCGUAUCUUAUUAGAUCGAAAUGGGAAUGCUUGCUUAGGUGACAUGGGUAUAGUCUCGGCUUGCAAAGGUGUUAAUGAGGCAACAGAGUACGAAACUGAUGGAUACCGGUGGCUAGCUCCUGAGAUCAUUGCUGGUGAUCCGGAAUGUGUUAGUGAGACAUGGAUGAGUAAUGUAUAUAGUUUUGGGAUGGUGAUCUGGGAGAUGGUAACUGGUGAGGCAGCCUAUGCUGCAUGUUCACCGGUCCAAGCAGCAGUUGGGAUAGCUGCUUGUGGCCUCAGACCUGAGAUUCCUAAGGACUGUCCACAAAUGCUGAGAUCCUUGAUGACUAAGUGCUGGAACAACUCCCCCUCAAAGCGUCCGCAGUUCUCUGAAAUUCUAUCACUAUUGCUCCGGACCAACAACAAUGUAAGGUGAGGAUCUGGUAUUCUCAACGGUAUGUAUGGCGACCCAUAAUUUAUUAAUGUUUAAUACUAAUGUAAAACUACCCAAAAUUUUGGGGGGAGUGAGUGCUUAAUGUAGAUGCAAAAUUAGACUGUAACUGAAAUGAGGAAAAGUCUUUCUUCAUCUACGUUGCAAAUUACUUCUCUUUAUGUCUUUCUCUACAUUGUAACUUUUUCCAGAAG